AUGACGACAGUCGCCGUAACGACAGAGAUGAAACGUGCCGUUGCGCCCGCCGCGCUGCAGACGUUCGUAUCAAUCGCUCCCGAGGCAGCCGCAGCAUCAAGCCACCUUCCGAAUGAGUUAUCGCUCGCCCGCCAGAUACUGCACAACCUCCAGUACCAGCACUAUUGGUCCGACCUCCACGUACACACGCACUCACCGACUACUCACGAGCCCCUUCCCCGCCCGCUGGUCUCUGGGCUGCCCCCGCGCCGUCUCUACGUACACCCCGACGAGCAGGUGGAGCUGCUGAAGAAAGCCGACCGCGAACGGAAGGCGCGCGCCGAUGGCGAGGCAGGUGGCUUGGAUGUCAAGGCAGAGCCGGAGCGUGAAUGGAUACUGCCCACCAGGCUGAACGAGAAGUGGACGCUGCGUCGGCUGGCCCACGUCUUCGAUGCCAUCACCAUGGUCCCGCCGGCAGCAGACGCGUCGACAAUAGAGGGGGACCGCCCUACCAACCCUUGGAGAACAACGAAGCGCGUACUAUUAGCGUCGGUAGACACGGACAGCACAGUCGUCUACUACAUUGUGCACGAUGGCGUCGUGAAGCCCCGCCAGAACUGA